AUGGGCUAUGUCUUGGUCUUUUGGACUCUCCAUCCUCCAACUGAAGUUCGAUCUACAUCUCUCAAACCCUCAUCUACAACUGCAACUAUCAGUUCAAGGCUGAUAAAGGUUGAGAAGGAUGAACGCGAAAGCAGAUCCCUGAAAAUUGACAAUUUUGAUGAUUGGAAUCUAAUAAAUUUCACCCCAUCUGUGCAUGUAUCAAAGGCUCUCGACUUUGUUAAAAUAAAGUUAUCUUCGGAUUCAGAUCAAACAAAACCGAACGGAGUAUCUGGAUUCCAAGCAAAAAAGCGAUGCUUAAGGUGCAAAACCCUCUACUCUGAUGCAGAUAAUUCCCCUACUUCAUGCUCCUUCCACGGCCAUGCCACUGGAGAGAAAGGAUUAUUUGCAUUGGCACCUCCACACCAGGGGAUUGAUGGAGACUGGACGGAUGGCUCUGGAGUCAUCGUCUACAAAUGGAAUAACGAAAAUAAUAGACCAAAUACUGGACGCGCCAAUUGGAAAAAAAGAUGGAGUUGCUGCCAAGAAUAUGAUGAAAAUGCACCACCUUGUAUUCGUGGAUGGCAUGUCUCAUACGAUGACGGCUUCACUUUAUAUUAG